AUGAAACUCUCCAAUUACGGCCCUUUGGCACUUAUAGUCUUGUCCGCUGAGGUCUCUGCCUAUUUGCCUGCCCAUGGAUGGAGAAUCGCAGCAGGAACAGGCACGUCAGCCGCCAUCUCCCUAGCCAACAAAUACAUGGGCAACAAGGCGGGUGUCAUUGUGGCCAGUCAAGCAGGCGCCACGCAUCUAGUGGACUGCAUUGACACAUGUUGGACUGCGGGCUCAACCAAGACGCGGGAAGAUGCCAAAACCUGUGCCAUCUCCGUCAUCACCACAGCCGGCUCGUUUGCCCUUGCCUACAACAACUUCCAACAAACCGGCUCCUGGAGCAAGAGAGAGGAUGGUCUCGGUCAUAUCGAUGAAUACCUUAGCCAGAUCGAGGACCAUAUCUCGCUCACUGAUAUUCAUUACGAGGGAAUGCCUCUUAACCAUACCCACUUGCCCGAGUCUUUGGGCAAGCGUGAUAUCUCCGAGUCUGGUUUCCAUGCCUUGCACAACUCUAGCAUGCCGUUGAGCUUUGUCUAUCACAACAAAAAGGCCAAUCAUGUGCCUCUUCUGGUGUCUACCAAUGGAACUCACCAUCACAUCGGACACCUCCAGCCAGUCGAUGAGACUAAUACCACCAUCUCAUCUACCCGCAUGAGCCGCAGAAGUAGAAAUGACUUCAACCCGAGCUACACGCACAUUGGCAAGGGCGGUGUCAAGGUGCAGUGCAAUUCGAAAUACGCCACCAUGACGCAUGACCAAGUUGAGGAAUUCAUGGACGGGCGUCUCUCAAGCAGCAACGGUAAGACCGGUUUGGAUGUCUUCCGUGACAUUGCCAACUAUGCGAACUUUGCUGGAUUUUCCUUUUCUGAAUGGAUUAUUGACGGCCGGAAAAACUAUCUGAGUGGUCAAUGGGCUAUGGAGGGUGAAACAAAUGGAUUUGGAAGCAACUGGGAGACAAACUGGGACUGGUGUUUUGGUGUCGAUCAGACAAGCUGUGAGAAAGAUCUCUAG